AUGUUUUUUUUUAAAGUUAAUAAAAAUGGAAUGUUCCAAUAUUGGUCAAAUAAAAUAUUUUUAUGUAAUCUUAAAACAAAUAAAAAAGUAAGCAUUGAUAAAUUAAUAAAAAAUAAAAAAAUUAAAAGUCAUGAACUAUAUAGAAUAGAAGAUAUAGAAAUAUUAUUACAAGAGAAACACCAUGAUAUUAUUCAAGAAUAUCCUACUGUUAAAAAUGUGCAAAAAAUACUAGACGUAAAUAGCCUUCCCGUUUUUAAAAAAGAUGAAAAUUCAAAGAAUCUUUUAAAUAAAAUAGUUCUUCAUUUUGGAGGGGAUGUAAUCAUAAAUGGUACAAAUAAAGUUUUCGAACUAAUGAAAGAAGGUAAUGGAUAUGACUGUUCAAGUAAUUUUUUAAAAACAUGUGGGAAAGCUUUAUUUGAAGAUAUGAAAAAAAUUAGGGAAAAUAACAAAGGAAAAGAAAUGAUAAUAACAAAAGGGUAUAAUAGUGCAUAUAAAUCCAUUAUACAUGUAGUUGAACCAUAUUAUAAUGAAACAAUAAAAUUAAAAAAAAUUUAUGAAGAUAUAUUAUUACUAGCAAAAAAAAAUAACUUCAAAACUAUUAUUUUCCCUCUGCUUGGUAGUGGUAUAAGUUUGUUUAAAAAACAUGACGUUGUUAUAUGUUGUUUAGAAGGAAUUUAUGAAUUUUUAAAAAUAAAAGAUAAUUUUAAUUCUAUUGAUAAAAUAGUUUUAUGCACUAUAACGGAUUCUUAUUGGAUGUUGUUAAAAGAUUCCAUACCUCUUUACUUAGAUAUAAAUAUAAAAUAA